UCAGUUCAUCAUUUUCCUAUCGGUUACUGUUGCUCGCGGUUGACUAAAGGAAAACCGGAUAGCUAAGAGAGAGAGAGAGAAGGAGACUGAGAUAGAGACAUCCGGUUGAUGGUGUGAUCACACAGUGGGAGCACAUCCGCCGCUUGACUCUGGUGCUCCGUUGGUUGCGUGGGACUGGUGUCGUGUGCUCUGCUCGAAGACAUGAUGCUGUGCUAAUUGAAGUGAAGGAAGAUUAAUACGCGAAAUAAACCGGAAGAGUCGCUUAUGAAUUUGUUGCUUUAUCGCAUCGGUAACAAAAAUAGGAAUUUUCUUUUCGUCAAUAAAUAGCUGCAUCUGGAAACCGGAAGUGAUAAGGAUCAAGGAGUGAAAGUGUUUCCUGCUGGACCGUGCAAAAUAAAUGAGUCAAAAUGAAUAAGAUUUUUUUGGGAAGACUGUUGAUAUGCCUGUUGGUCAUGUUUGUGGCUAGUGUUCACAGCGCUAGCAACUAUUUCUACGACUCGGAGGAGCGCUACCCCAAUCUGCUGGACGAUGAAGCUGAUGAUACGGGUAAAAGUUUAUCAGACGACAGCUUACUUGACAAUGUUCUGCCACAAGGUGCUUCCAAGCGCUCCUCGCUAAUCCAGGUCUACCGGCGGGCCUGCAUCCGACGCGGCGGUAACUGUGAUCAUCGACCGAAUGACUGCUGCUACAACAGUUCCUGCCGGUGCAAUCUGUGGGGUUCGAACUGUCGCUGUCAACGGAUGGGUCUGUUCCAGAAGUGGGGCUAAAUGAUGUGGGGAUGGCCCUGAAUGGAACAUCUGGUCCCGUUGGUAGUCCUGCUGAUAGCACUGGUGCUGCACGCAGGACCAGCAACGUUGGACACUAGUGAUGACGACACAUUAAAAAACGCUCUCGUACAACGGUUAACGAUUUAUGGUUUAACGUUUGGAUUUUUAUUCGAUUCGGCGAGUAUCGAGGAACUACGGCAAAGACUUACAUGCGGCAAACUGAAACACAUACACACAAACACCCUCACACAGGUUUAUUACUAACUGAUUUAUGGUGAAAUCUGGUUCAUGCGCUUUUAAAAAUCUAAAUCGAAGUGAAACGAAUUCAUGGAACUAAUUAUGUACUUCAAUGUUGACGACAGCAGAGAUGGGAGUAGAUUUAAUGGACUGGAAAUAUGGAAUGAAUACAAGUUUUUACAAAACCAAAAAUAAUGAUAAUGAUAAUAAUGAUAAUGAUAUAAAUGAUAAUAAUUAUAUACAGAGAGAAAAUAUUGUCUGAGUUAUUCAGAUUUAUUGUUUUACUGUUAUUAGAGCCAUGAGUUAUGUGAAAACAUAGUGCAAGCCGAGGAGAAAUUAUUAUCUAAACCAACCUAGAGCAGCUAACUGAAGGAUGCACUUCAAGUCACAAAGAAAGAAUCAGCAUUACUUAGUAACCGGCAACUUAUCAUCAACUACACGUAUAAAUAAGGCCCCACGAUGUUGAGAAGCUAAGCACUUCAACUUUGUGAAACGAUGUUAAAUGUUACUUUCAUAUGUCCAGUGGAUUUUGAUACGACUAAUUUAUUCGCUGUUUGUGUAAUGGAAACAGUUGAAAAUAAAAAAAAACUAAAAAAAAACAAACUGAAAACGAAUCAGUCGUAGUUCUAGGCAUAACUCUAGCAGUAGAGGAAAAGUGACCGGAGCACGGUUCCCCUCGGAGCAUCGGACAGUCCAUCGUCCACCAUAACCAACCGUUUCCCAGCCUCUUAGAACGAAUGUGUUAGAGCCGAGUGAGAAAAGUUCUCUGCAAGCACUUUUCCCGUAUACUUAAUUAUAAAUUUUAAAUUAACACAAAUAUAAAAUAAGCUUAAGCACAUUUAUCAGACUUCCUCUCCGAUGUUCUUAAACAUGUGUAGUUAUACGAUUUAUCUCCCAUUUUCCAACAUCUCUGUAACCACCCACUUCAAGACGUGUAGUAAAACAUGUACAGCAUAAAGCAAACACAACAAGAACUUAUCAGUCUGCUGGAACCAUAAGAAACCCAAUAUUGGCAUUUCAACAGAUCAACACCCCCUCCCUAUCAGCAAAACGGUCCUUUGUAUGAUCCACCCUGAUGCUGCCUGCACGUCUUAAACCGGCUGUUCUCCUGCUGGCAAACUUCUCAUACCAUAUAGCGCUUUCUUCACUUUCCGUACGACCUUUUUUUAUGUACCAAGUAUAAAACGAAUAGAAAACCAUCCCUCGUCGAAAUGGAAAACAACACGACACAGCGUUGAUCUUCGACCUUCAGUAAAUCAUAAAUCACUAGAGUUCACACGUCACCGCUUAUAUCUAGACUGUCACAGUCGCUACUUUCCCCGUUCAUUAUCCCCAAUCCAGUGCGCAGGCCGGGGCGAUUAUGAGCUCCGUUUUUUCCCUCAGUUACCCCAUCGAAUGGCUGGCUCCCUGUCGAGGGAGCCCGUAUCGCCGCGGGGGCGACACAAGAAAAUAACUUUUCACUGUCACUGUUAAUAGGAAAUGGGUACACAAAUUGCAGACAAAUGACAAAAGUUUUCCGCAAUGCUUUGUUGACUUCCAUUUGAGUCAUUCGUUUAGUUCACUCUCCAGGUCGGGUGGUAGAGGAGGCAGCUUGCAUGCUUUCGGGCCAGACGCGGUGUCAAUUUCCACAAAGUGCACGUAGUAUUGAAUGGUUGCAGAAGUUCUUGGCCUUCGGUUUCUAUACUGGUUGUAUUACCUACCAUUAUUGCAGUUAACAGCCGCCCUUUGUAAAUGUGUAUAAAGUGUAAAGAUUACCAAAGCAACCGAGAGAGAAAGUAACACGCAAAGGAAGAGAUAACAGAACAAGUAAAUAAAUGAAAUUAUAGUAAAAAUAAAACUAGAAGCAACUGGCUCGCGCCUGGUUUUAAUUUCUCAUCUUGAAGGUC